GGUUUAGAAUCCAAUUUCAUACAAAUUGCUACCUAUCUUUCAACAAAAAAAACUUUAGGGAACUUCAUUCAAUCACGCAAUGCCUUCCUCAACCGAAGCCAUAAUCACCGAGUUGACACCAAUCGAUCACUUAAUGCCUCGCACAUAUGUGAUCAGUUUCAACUGUGGCUGGCCAAUAUCUCGCCGCAGUAAAAUUGAGGAUAUUUACAACCAUCUGAAGUUAGGCUUGAAACGAACUUUGAAUGAGAUUCCGUUUCUUGGCGGCACAGUUGUUUCCACGGGCUCUCCUGGAAAGUUUCAGAUCGAAACUCUACCUAGCGAUCUCGAAGGCAAUCAAUUAAUAUUCAACGAUCUCCGUACUGGGAGCGGAAAUUCGUGGCCACAUUCUUAUAAAAGUUUAAGGAAAGCACGGUUUCCUGGUAAUGUGUUCUUUGACGAUUGUCUUAGUCCCGUCAAGGGGUACAUGGGUUUGGAAAAACUUCCGGUUAUAGCUGCGCAGGCAAACUUCAUUGAUGGAGGAUUGAUUCUACAUUUGAGCGUCUUGCACACGGCGUGUGAUGUACUUGCCUGGAAUAACGUACUCUUUGUUUUGUCAAAGAACGUGAAGGCUUCUUGGCCCGCCGAAGAUGAAGAAGCAGCCUCCGAGAAGUUGAAGGAUUUUGAGGUCCUGCCUAGUUAUCUUGACCGAUCUCCACUCAUGCACGGAACCACCAACCUUGAACGGAUGGACAUACGAGAAUACAAGCUCCAGGUUGCUAAUUCGACGCUCGAGGAUCCCAGGAAUCAUCUGAUUGACUCUCCUCCCAAAUCAACUACUGAGAUGGCAAAUGCCCUUUUCUGUAUUUCCACCGCAAAAUUGGAGGUACUCAGAGAUGCUGUUUCCAGGGAGGGUUCAGCAAAAUCCUGGCUGACAGUAAACGAUACACUGGCUGCAUUAAUUUGGUGCUGUGUCAACCGUGCUAGAAUAUCGAUUCAAGGGCCUCUACGGGGAAAUUUAUCCGUUGCGUAUGAGGGCCGUACGGUUCUCGACCCACCGCUUCCCAAGAGAUACAUGGGGAAUGCUUCGCUGGGGUUUCCCAUCACUCUCGAUAUCCAUCCCCGGUCUAUCUUUGAUGCCGCUCUUGCUAUUUCAGAAUCACGAACUGAGUUCACUGAUAAGCACAUUAGAGACAUGACUGGGUUCUUGGAUAGCUUAGGUGAUAUCACAGAGGAACGUGUAUCGUAUGUCAAAACCUUAAAUCCAAUUUUGGUUAUCAGUAACUUGAAAGACAUUGAGGGUUUCGAGCAAGACUGGGGUGGCAACUUAGGUUUCCAAGAUGCGGCGAGGAUGGCCAAUCCUUUUUUGGAUUGUACUCCCAGGGUGCUACCAAUGCCGGCGCAACGGGAUGGAAAUGUGGAUAUCAUUGUUUGGAUUGAGAAGUCCGCAGUCGAGCGAUUGAAGGAAGAUGAAAUGUGGAACAAAUGGAUCACCCCCGUAAAUAUUUAGCUGAGUAAUGGAGGCCGAGGGUUGAUUGAAGGAUCUUGGGAGAACUUGCAGGCAUCGAGGACAAAGCUACGAUGAAGUCAAUGGACGGCGGGUUCGACUCUUCCUCCAGCUGUACACAACCCGCGACUGGAUGGGAUCUCGCUGCAGAUAAUAGCGAGACAGCCCACGCCCAGUGGGUGGUAUGUACAUUUCUUUGAAUUUGGAGUUUUUUUCCUUUUCCAUAUGACCGUAAACUAAGGAUGGGCCCUUUACGUAAAGUAGAGCUAGUUUACAAAU